AUGAAUCAGAGCGCUUGGCUUGCUUCGGCGUGGCGUUGGAUAGCAACCCCGAAAGGUUUCCUCGUCACUAUCUAUGGACUGAACGUAGUAGCCUGGGGCGGAAUGCUAUUCCUUUUGAUCUGCAAUGCCGCUCCGGCAAUGUGCCAUCCCUCUUGCAACGAUCUUUACUCCUCCCGUCGAAUCUGGAUUGAGAUCACCUCCCAGAUUCUGAACGGACUCUUCUGCGUGACGGGAUUCGGACUGGCACCAUGGCGGUUCCGAGAUAUGUAUUGGUGGUGCUGCUGGCGGAUGCCGGGCAGGGACCCGAAGAAGAGACUCACUGGUAUCUCACAUUUGGCUAGCAUUCAUCGAGCGUGGUAUCACUUACCGACCGCCGUUUCAUGUGUUGGCUGUGAUGGUGACUGUGCUUGCGAAUCCGUCACUGCAAAGGCUCGUGGGGAUCGCGGACCGCCGACGGCGACAUGGAAGAUGGAUUUCGUGGUCUGCUGCAACAUGUGGAAUACUAUAUUCCAGGGGUGUCUGGCUGGUUGCAUGUGGGGGAUGAAUAGAUUCAAUCGGCCCAGCUGGACGACGGGCUUAUUUGUGGCUUUGGCUUGUCUUGUGGCUGGUGCGGCCGGGUACGUGGUCUUCCGUGAGACCAGGAAUCUUGCGAGAUCAACAGAGAGGGAAACGGCCGAUGGUGUUGUUGCAGAGAAGAGAGAGAGAACUGGGGUUGAAGUCCCCGUAUGA